AGGAGGAGGGGAGGGAGAGGGGGAGGAUCUGCUAAUUACACAGAACAGCUCUGGGGGCUGCCGAAGUCCAGAAUGAAGAGAAGAGCAGCAGAAGCGAGUGCUGCAGUGGGAGCGGAGGAGCCCCAGCAUCACCGAGAGACAGAGCCGGCUGUUGUCCCCGCUGGGAGCAAUCAGGGGCACCCAGGGGAUCCUCCAGCCCCAUCCCCCCUGGGGGACAGCCUCUGGCACAGCCACCGAGCCCGCUGCCGGCUCCUCCGCAGACAGCCCCGGGUGAGGAGAGGGGAAGGGGCUGGUGUUCCCGGGGGACGGGGUUAAACUCAGCCCUGGAGGGCAGCUGAGCCAGCCCUGCCAUGGUCCCGGGGGGCUAGGAGCCCCAGCAGAUCCAUUGGGAAGGGGCGAAGGAUGGCUGCUGAAGGAGGGGGAGCCAAGCCCGUUGCCCAGUCCAGGAUGGAGAACUUCCGAAAGGUGAGGACCUCGGAGGAGGAAAGCCCCUUGCCCUUCCCCGACCUGCCCCCGGACGUGGUGGAGAUGAAAGUGAAGGAGGGCAGCAAGAUCAGGAACCUGAUGAACUUCGCCAUGGCCCAGAUGGAGCUGAAGGGAAGCCGGCAGAUCAUCUUCAGCGGUUGUGGCAGGGCGGUCACCAAGACCAUCACCUGUGUGGAGAUCAUGAAGCGGAAGCUGGGAGGUCUUCACCAGGUCACCAAGGUACGCUACAAAACCUUGCUGGAGGUCUGGGAGAACCAGGACCCGCUGCCCGGUGGCCCGGCACAGAACCUGACCGUCCACAAGAACGUCCCCUCCAUCUGCAUCCUCCUCUCCCGAGACCCCCUGGACCCCAACCAGACAGGCUACCAGCCCCCAGAGCCCCAGCACGGGCUGGGGCCGCAGCUUGGCAAUGCAGGAGAAGACACAUCCAGCUCCUCCACCAAGGGGUUGAAGCGGCCCCUGCCACCUCCCGGCGAGGAGCUGCUGACCAAGAAGUUGCAGCGUUUUUCCCCAAGUCCGGGACUCUUCAGCUGUCCGUGUAAUGCCAGCGAGCACAGGCACCCAAGGAGGGUAAACCAGAAGAUACGGAGGCUGAGAUACCCUGGGCCGAAACCGCAGAUCAACACGAUAAGACCUGGACACAGAAAAAGAAGCCAAUGAGAAGACCGCAGACCAAAAAUCACCAUUGGACUAAAAGGGGCGUGAGGGGCGGGGGUGUGUGGAUCACAAGAGUAAAAUUGGCCAGGGAUUCCUUUGCUGGGGGUCCCUCUCUUUGGAGGCACCCAGCCCAGGCCGUCCUUGCUGCUGUACCUUCCAAUUAAAUUAAUUAUUUUAUAAAAUCCAGUGCCUGAGACUGAGAGGAAACCUCGGGUUGAGCGUGAAGGAAGAAGUGCUCCCGGGAGCGUGUGCGACACCAGGAACGGUGUGCGGAUGCUCGGGCAGCUGUUGUGGCUGGAUGCGGUGCCCGGCACAGGACGGGGAGGUUUUGGGGGUCCUGGGCUUGGCUGCGGAGCCCUUGCUGCAGGAAAGCACUUUGGAGCCAAAUCCCUGCUUCUUCCAGGUGGGGAAAUGAAAUGAAUGGAAAAGCAGGAAUGAGAGGAGAUGAGGGGAGCAAGGAGGAGGAGGAAGCAUAGGGCUUUGUUCGGCAAGGAUGUUGUUAUCCCCCUCAGCAGGCAGCUGCUCCUCCAGGCCAGAGCCUCCUGCUUAUCUGUCCUGCUGCAGAUUGAAUGUUAAUUUCCAAUUGUUUUUUUGUUUGUUUCUUUUAUAAUAUUUUAUAAUAUUGUGGGUUUGGGGCUGAGAAAGCUUUGGGCUCCGUCCCACCCAGCGAUGGCUCCUCCCAGCCUCCUCUCUCCAGCACAGACACCGUUCAGGUCCAAUCCUCCACCCUGCACGUGAGGGGAGCAACCAAAUGUCCUAAAAAUCACGUUAAUAAAUAACUCUGCAAGCGCUCUGAUCGGAGCCCAAAGUCUUUCACAGCUGCACAGCUGAGAACUACUAGCCCCUCACCAGCCCUGCCGUCUCACACAGCUGCCAGCAAGGAGAGGGAGAAAAAAACACACAAAACAUCAGUCAUUUCUCCUUAUUAUUUUUGUUAACGUGCAAAAUGAUUUUUAAUUGGUUUUAUACGCAGGCAAUUUCCAAUCUCAGAGGCCAUAGGAGCCUGGGGAAUUUUGCACUCCUUGCUUUGCUGGCUGUGGACCAAGGCUUUCCCGCAUGAGAAAACGGUUAAAAGAACCGCCUGUAACCCAAAAUACAAAGCAUUUAAAACAGCGUGAUUACAUCUGCUUCCGCAGGGUCCUGAGGGAACACGACGAGCAAAAUUAUCGUGACGCUCUCAUGCUGCGCUGCUGAGGGACAGCACCAAGAACAGUUUUGGGGCCCGUUUUGUGGGCCCGGCGGCAUCCCCGUGGCUGGGUCAGCUCUCCCCUCCCGAGGGCAGCGCCCCACGGGCAGUGUCUGAGGUUUGGGGACAAGGACACAACGGGUGUGCCAGGGCUGGCAGUGGGGCAGAGCUACAGAAAGCCCCAGAGCUGCUGGACACCGCGGCCACCACCCGGCUGGGUCCAAUGGUUCCCUCCCUCACUGCGAAGAAGCCAGGCCGUUUUCCCGCGCCAGAGGUGGUGCCAAACAGCGAGGGCACAAAGCCCGUACCGGGGUCAUGCCCGGUUAAGGAGGCCACUUGCAGACAACCGAGCAGCCGCGAUAAAACCCUAAAGCACGUCCGCUACCGGCCUUUUAUGCGGCGGGGAGGCCACCACCUGCACGCCACCUUCCCCGCCCUCGCCACAAAAUGGCGGCCGGCUCCGCCCCAAAAUGGCGGCCAGCCCCGCCCGGCAGCCGAGGCGCUAAGCCCGGCCCCCCGCGGCCGUCCCGCUGUCUGUCCCCGCCGCAGCCGUCCCUUCCCUCCCUCCCCAUCCGCCGCCCGGUGCCCGG